AUGUAUGUAUAUAUUAAGUUUUCCUUUAAAAAAAUUAAACUAAUUUGCGUUUUUCCUUGCAGUCUGUUCAGGUUAAACUUCAUUUUAAUUAUUUGGAUCUCAACAAUGCACCUGUGGGGGUGUUACCCAACUGUCCCUUCUACGCUGUCCAGGAAAUCUGAUUACUGUCUCAUCCUGCUGAAUAGCUGCUUAGCCAAGCUGGACAGGAGUGAAGAAUUGACUUUUCUAAAACCUAUCCUGGAGAAGUCUUUCAUUAAAAGGUCCUUUCGCAAUGGAGUUGGAUCAGGAAUUAAAAAAACUUCCUUUCAAAGAGCAAAGUAA